ACCUUCCCCUUAACCAUGGUUAACGGCCGCCACUUUUAACCCUCACUCUUCCAUCCAUUUUCCUUCUCAUUUUCCAUUACAUUACUAUUACAAUCUCUCUAUCUAUCUCCGUAUAUCUAAUCUAUAUCUAUAUCUAUAUAUAAAAGAUUGCCGCCUUAUCCUACAUACUCCGGUCAUAGUUGUUUGACUAAAUAGUUUGUAAUUGCAUAGUAUUUAAUUAAUUAUAGGCUUAUAGAUAGUCAAUAAUAUAUAUAAAAACAAAAAAACAAAAACAUAAAGACUUUGUUUAUUGGUGGGUGAUGAAGAAAUAAUGAACUACUACUUAUUUAGCUGAUUUCAUCUGAAUUUUGAUAUUAUUUUCUUUGAUUUUAAUUUCAUAUAUAUAUGGUUGAUCCUGACAUCAAUUCUUCUUCUUCUUCAAUGGCGGUUUCCUCAAAUUUAGUUGAUGAAACUACAACAACAACAACAACACAUGAUGAUACACAACAACAACAACAACCUUUGAAGAAAAAGCGAAAUCUUCCUGGAAUGCCUGAUCCAGAGGCUGAGGUAAUAGCGUUAUCACCAACAGCACUACUGGCAACAAACCGAUUUGUAUGCGAGAUCUGUAACAAAGGAUUUCAGCGAGACCAAAAUUUACAGCUUCAUCGUCGAGGACAUAAUUUACCGUGGAAGUUAAAACAAAGAGACGGUAAAGAAAUACGGAAACGAGUUUACGUUUGUCCGGAAAAAACAUGUAUCCAUCAUGAUCCGUCAAGAGCCUUGGGUGAUCUCACCGGUAUUAAAAAGCACUUUUCAAGAAAACACGGCGAGAAGAAAUGGAAGUGUGAACGGUGUUCUAAAAAAUAUGCUGUUCAAUCUGACUGGAAAGCACAUAUGAAAACAUGUGGGACUAAAGAAUAUAGAUGUGAUUGUGGCACCUUGUUUUCUAGGCGGGAUAGUUUUAUCACACAUAGAGCGUUUUGUGAUGCGUUGGCACAAGAGAGUGCGAGAUCUCAUCAACCUCCUCAAAACAUGUCAACUACAAUUGCUGACCAGCAUGCUAGACUAAUUGCUGAAAGUGAAAAAAAGGAGUCGGUGGUGCUUCCGCCGUCGUGUAGUCCGCCACCGCCACCGCUAACUCCGUCUACCGGUGUACUAUCUCCGGUCCAAUCCGUUCACAGCUCAGAUAUGCCGGAAAAGGCAGUUGGGAUUUUACAACAUCCGGCAGUCGAGAUGGAGGCGACAACAAGUGGUGGAGGAUCAGCAACUAGUGGUAACAACAAUACAGGCGUAUUUGCUAGUAUAUUUGCAUCGUCGUCUGUCUUGCAACCGUCUCAAUCAUCUCCAUCGGCUUACUCUAAUGUGAUAUGUAACGUUACUGGAGGCGAUAGUAGGAAUCCGAUUCUCGAGCCAAUGUCACUUUCGUUAUCGUCUUCACUGUAUCGCUCCACAACUUCCUCGGCAUCGUUAUACCCACCACAUGAUCACACAUUACAACACCACCAACGGCAUCAGUAUGUACAAGCAGCACCGCAACCAGCACUUUCCGCAACGGCAUUGCUUCAAAAAGCAGCUCAAAUGGGUGCAACAUCGUCCAACACCUCGUUUCUACACGCUUUGGGAUUAACGCAACCACAGGCGUCUUCCUCCAUGGAUCACUACCAAGAAGCUGGGGUUGGGCAAUGGAGUGACCUACAAACCAAACAAGAGAUGAAUGACAACAAUAAUAAUGCUAGAAGCCUAGGAGAUCAUUUACUUAUGGGUCCACCGGCACCUACAACCCUCGAUUUUCUUGGAUUAGGAACCGGUGGUUCGAGUAGUGGCUACUCGGCGUUUUUAAAUACAAUUGGGGGAAGUGGGCUAAAUGUAGCUGCAGCUGCCGGUGUUUCGUUUGGGGGUGUGAAUUCAGUUCAAAACAAUAAGGAUUGGGAUGAUUCCUCCGGUGACAAGAAGCCAUCACUUCUUUAAUUUGAGCUUUCUCUUUCAAUUUUUAAUGGUGAAAGAGAGAUGUCAGAUGUUGACUGUGAGGUGGCUUUGUAUGAUCUCUUAUAUAUAGUAAGCACAUGAAUUUAAUUACAUAUGUAUACAUCUAUAUAUUUCAUGAUCUUUAGCAGUAGUACCUAAAUUUUUCGAAAA